UGAGGAGCCCUCGUGUCUGGUCAGCCUGGCCUGGAUGCAAAGGAAGAUGCCAGAAACGCAGUGACUGAGGCCUGGCCAUGGAGCUGCAGGCCGAGGGGCCCCCUCCCCAGCCUUGCCUGCCAGACUCAGAGAGGCCAGAGGCCUAGGCCCACAGGGAGGGUUUCAGCACACAGAUGCCCCCCAGACUGUGGAGUCUCCUGAGUGGGCUUCCGGGCAGGUGCGCCAGAGUGGGAGCAUGCCUGCCAAGGGGCGUUACUUCCUCAACGAGGGUGAGGAGGGCCCGGACCAGAAUGCCCUGUACGAGAAGUAUCGUCUCACCAGCCAGCACGGGCCGCUGCUGCUCACGCUCCUGUUGGUGGCCAUCGUGGCCUGCAUUGCUCUCAUCAUCAUUGCCUUUAGCGACGGGGAUCCCUCCAGACAGCAGGCUCUUCUGGGGACGGCGUUCUCGAUGCUCGCCGUGUUCAUGGUUCUCUACGUGCUGGUGUACGUCGAGUGCCUUGUUCGGCAGUGGCUCCGGGCCUCGGCCCUACUCAUCUGGGUCUGCCUGGUGAUACUGGGCUACGUGCUAGUGUUCGACUCAUGGAUGAAGGCGCCCUGUGCGUGGGAGCAGGUGCCCUUCUUCCUGUUCAUUGUCUUUGUGGCGUACACACUGCUGCCCUUCAGCAUGCAGGGGGCCAUCGUGGCGGGGGUUGUCGCCAGCGCCUCCCACCUCCUGGUGCUCGGCACUCUGAUGGGGGUCUUCUCGUCACCCAGCAUCUGGAUGGGGCUGCAGCUGCUGGCCAAUGCUGUCAUCUUCCUGUGUGGGAACCUGACGGGUGCCUUCCACAAGCACCAGAUGCAGGACGCCUCCCACGACCUCUUCACCUAUACUGUGAAGUGCAUCCAGAUCCGCAGGAAGCUGCGCAUCGAGAAGCGCCAGCAGGAGAACCUACUGCUAUCAGUGCUCCCAGCUCACAUCUCCAUGGGCAUGAAGUUGACCAUAAUUGAACGACUUAAGGAAUGUGGGGACCGUCGCUACAUGCCUGACAACAACUUCCACAGCCUCUACGUCAAGCGACACCAGAAUGUCAGCAUUCUCUACGCUGACAUUGUGGGCUUCACUCGGCUGGCCAGCGACUGCUCCCCCAAAGAGCUGGUGGUGAUGCUGAACGAGCUCUUCGGAAAGUUUGACCAGAUCGCCAAGGCCAAUGAGUGCAUGCGCAUCAAGAUCCUGGGUGACUGCUACUACUGUGUGUCGGGCUUGCCCGUGUCCCUGCCCACCCAUGCCCGGAACUGCGUGAAGAUGGGGCUGGACAUGUGUGAGGCCAUUAAGCAGGUGCGGGAGGCCACGGGCGUGGACAUCAGCAUGCGCGUGGGCAUACACUCGGGGAACGUGCUGUGUGGCGUCAUUGGGCUGCGCAAGUGGCAGUACGACGUGUGGUCCCAUGACGUGUCCCUCGCCAACAGGAUGGAGGCGGCCGGAGUCCCCGGCCGUGUGCAUAUCACAGAGGCCACGCUGAAGCACCUGGACAAGGCGUAUGAGGUGGAGGACGGGCACGGGCAGCAGCGGGACCCCUACCUGAAGGAGAUGAACAUCCGCACCUACCUGGUCAUCGACCCCCGGAGCCAGCAGCCGCCUCCACCCAGCCAGCACCUCCCCAAGCCCAAGGUGGAUGCGGCCCUGAAGCUGCGGGCGUCCUUGCGCAUGACCCGCUACCUGGAGUCCUGGGGGGCUGCGCGGCCCUUCGCCCACCUCAACCACCGAGAGAGUGUGAGCAGCAACGAGACCCCUGUCCCCAGCAGCCGGAGGCCCAAGGCCAUCCCCCUGCGGCGCCAACGGACCCCUGACAGAAGUGCGCCCCCCAAGGGGCGGUCGGAGGACGACUCCUAUGAUGACGAGAUGCUGUCCGCCAUCGAGGGGCUCAGCUCCACGAGGCCCUGCUGCUCCAAGUCUGAUGAUUUUUACACCUUUGGGUCCAUCUUCCUGGAGAAGGGCUUCGAGCGAGAGUACCGCCUGAUGCCCAUCCCCCGGGCCCGCCACUACUUCGCCUGUGCCAGUCUCGUCUUUAUCUGCAUCCUGCUUGUCCACGUCCUGCUGAUGCCCAGGACGGCGGCUCUGGGGGUAUCCUUUGGGCUGGUGGCCUGUGUGCUGGGGCUGGUGCUGGGCCUGUGCUUUGCUGAUGAGUUCUUGAGGUGCUGCCCAGCCUGGGGGAUGCUCCGGGCUAUCUCCAAGAGGGUGGAGACUCACCCGCUGCUGCGCUUGUCCCUGGCCAUCCUGACCGUUGGCAGCCUGCUCACCGUCGCCAUCGCCAACCUGCUGUUGCUGCCUUCCCCAGUCCUGGGGCCACCUUCUGGGAACCAGACAAGCCUGAGGGCCGUGAGUGGCAGGGAGAGAACCCCAUGCGAGCUCCUCCCGUAUUACACCUGCAGCUGCAUCCUGGCCUUCAUCGCCUGCUCUGUCUUCCUGAGGAUGAGCCUGGAGCUGAAAGUUGUGCUGCUGACCGUGGCCUUGGUGGCCUACCUGGUGCUCUUCAACAUCUCCCAGUGCUCGCAGUGGGACUGCUGCGGCCUCGGCCUGGGCAACCUCACCAAGACCAACGCCACCCUCAGCAGCCCCCUGGCCUGUUCGUGGAGGGAUCUGAAGACUAUGAUCAGCUUCUACCUGGUUCUGUUUUACGCCACCCUUGUCAUGCUCUCCAGACAGAUUGACUAUUACUGCCGCUUGGACUGCCUGUGGAAGAAGAAAUUCAAGAAGGAACACGAGGAGUUUGAGACCAUGGAGAGCGUGAAUCGCCUGCUCCUGGAAAAUGUGCUGCCGGCCCAUGUGGCCGCCCAUUUCAUCGGGGACAAGCUAGACCAGGACUGGUACCAUCAGUCCUACGACUGCGUCUGUGUCAUGUUCGCCUCUGUGCCGGAGUUCAAAGUGUUCUACACCGAGUGCGACGUCAACAAGGAGGGGCUGGAGUGCCUGCGCCUGCUGAACGAGAUCAUCGCCGACUUUGACGAGCUGCUGUUAAAGCCCAAGUUCAGCAGCGUGGAGAAGAUCAAGACGAUUGGCAGCACGUACAUGGCAGCUGCCGGACUCAGCGCCCCCUCGGGGCAUGAGAACCAGGACCUGGAGCGGCAGCAUGCCCACAUCGGCAUCAUGGUGGAGUUCAGCAUGGCCCUGAUGAGCAAGCUGGACGGCAUCAACAGGCACUCCUUCAACUCCUUCCGCCUCCGCGUCGGCAUAAACCACGGGCCCGUGAUUGCUGGGGUGAUUGGGGCACGGAAGCCUCAGUACGAUAUCUGGGGAAACACGGUCAAUGUUGCCAGCAGGAUGGAAAGCACUGGAGAACUGGGGAAGAUCCAGGUGACCGAGGAGACGUGCACCAUCCUCCAGGGCCUCGGUUACUCUUGUGAAUGUCGAGGACUGAUCAACGUCAAAGGCAAAGGGGAACUGAGGACUUACUUUGUCUGCACAGACACUGCCAAGUUUCAAGGACUCGGGCUGAACUGAGGGAGGCUGGCAGGGGCAGAACAUGCCGGAGGCCGACUUCCUUCCCUGAAGAGCCGACGGGAGACAGCCCGUGCCGGUCACGCAGGCGUUCUGAGGGUUUGGCCACCAGCACCUCCUGACAGAUGGCAGUGGGUGGCUUCCUUGGGCUUGCAUGAGAGGACGUCUUAGACACGUGCGCCAGCCCCCAGCGCGAGGCGACCACGGAGCCUCCCCACGCAGGGCAGCCAGCACCUGUGUGUGCUGUUGGCGUCGGGGUCGGAACGCAGCCCACACAGCAGGAAGAGGCUCUGGAGCUCAGAUGCCCCUUCAGGUCCUGGCUGCCGUGGAGGCCUUGGAGCGUGACCGCGCACACCGCUCACGGCUGGGGAGCUGCACAAGCGACACCUGUUUCUAGGUACAGGACUAAGACAGGUGUCAGGGUGGGUUGGGGACGCCUUUCGUCCCAGUGGACCAGCUACGGGAUUCUCUGUUUCUCACCCAGGCAUUCUGGUAAACAGCUGGAAAGUGUGUUCCACGUCGAUAAAUGGUUUCAAACAGUAGGAAGAAAAAAACACCAGUGUAGACACUGGCACGUGUUUGUUUUAAAUGGAUACAUUAUUAACAAGGUUUAUCCUUUUGACACUUCUCAGACGCUAGACAAACCUCUUCCCUGCAGCAUAUUCUCUGCCUCUCUAACCACAGCCUGUAAGUAGGACCGCUGUCCAGUGUCAGCUUAUGGGAUCGUCCCAGCUGUGGGAUGCAGUUCUGCGGAAUGUGGCCCGGAGCAAGGCGGCAAGGAGUGGUGUGGCCUUGGCUCUGAGUCAGACUACUUUGAUUCCAGCCUUUGGAGGUUCGGUUCAAUAAGCAAAAAGCCUAGGAAGUUUGGCACAACCCACUUCUCAGCUCUCCUCUGACUCCUUCAAGCUCUCCCCUGCAAGUGCAAUACAUCUUUUAUGCUGGACAGGAAGGAAUGGAGUCUGGAGAGCAUGGACACCUCUGGCACCCUCCCGUCCUUUAGUCCACGUGCCCCGAGGAGCUCCAGCCUAGGAGCACGUACUCAGCGAGGGCACGUGGAGCGGUCCCCUUCCCUGGGAAGCCGGCCCUCUCAGUUGCAGAGAUGCUCUUGUUCUCACCGGAUGAAUCAGGGCAAGUGCAAAGACAGGUCUGUGAGCUUCGACUCACACAGACUCCGAAGUCAAAGCAGGCUCCACAGCGAGAUAACCAACCUGCUGCUCCGUUUUCUGAACUGACUGCACUGCCCCAUGACCAGAGCCACCCUAGGACUUAAUGCAGGUGAAUGUCACUGCACAGCAGGACUCUCAGCUACAGUCACCCACGGGCCCUGAGAUUACAGAGAACCGUGCACACAGGAGACUUCAGGAGGUGACAGGGUUGCAGGUGGGACGACUGGCACCGAGGGCUGAGGGUCAGCUGCCAGUUGGUCCCUCAGCAGUGUGUAGCCAGGGCAGUCUGCUGUGAUACGCUGUGUCUCGCGGGGCUUGCCCUCACUUGCACACAGGUGCUGGGGGGCUGGUGGCAGCGCUGGUGUGUGGCCCGUGACCGGCACAGAAUGAGCAGAUCACUAGCACUUGCUGGGUAAAGGAACUGUAUGGCAGAGAUGCUGUAAGGGACUGAGCCUUCCUUAAACCGCCUUUUUCACACACCAACUUCUUAUAAAAAGGGCUGGCCUCCAACCUAUCCUUAGAAACGGCGGCGCAGGCUGUCCGCAGGCUCUUCCGGAGUCAGGCCGACCGCCGCCCGGAUGCACACCAGUGUGCGGGCCUCCUGAGCUGGGCAUUUCCUACUUUCUCAUAUUCAAGCUACGUCUUUCUUCCAGCAACAGAGAUUCUGAUCGGGAGUCUAAAAAAUAAUUGGUUACCAUUAAGGUAUGUUUAUUUCCAAUUAAAGCACUGUGCUCAGAUGAGAUUAAUCUUCGAUGAUCACAGUAUAUAACUGACCAUAAGAGUCACCUGCAGUUAUUUUUAUAAACCGGUUUUCUAAUUACCACGUCAUUCCUUCACAGGUGUCAUUUUGUUCUGUGACAAGUCUCUUUUUAACACUGACCUUUCUAUGGGUUAAGGACCUGCUUAAGUUUCCACUAAGGUGGCCUCAGUGACUCUAGUGAAAAGUCCCCCCGAGGUUCUCUGAUUUAACUUAAGGAAACUUUCUAAUGGGGAAAACCUUUACCCACUGCACGUGCGCAUAGUAGGUCAAUGUACAGAACUACUCAAAUAGCUAGGGGUUGUUCUGUACACUGAGUAUUUAUAGAUCUGCAGUGUUUGUUUUAAAAUGUUGUGUUUCAUUUUUAUAAAGUACCAGUGUUCCUACUUGGUUUAGGUUUUCAUAUAUUAAAUUACCAAUAAGGAAAA